CAGGCCUGGGAACCGCGGGCGACUCUCGCGAGACUUGCCUGGAGUCGGAGCGCGGGGCCAGGCCGCGGGGAAAGCCGAGCUCAGGUGGGAAACAUGUCGGAGUCCGAGCUCGGCAGGAAGUGGGACCGGUGCUUGGCGGACACGGUCGUCAAGAUAGGUACUGGUUUUGGAUUAGGACUUGUUUUCUCACUUACCUUCUUUAAAAGAAGAAUGUGGCCAAUAGCCUUUGGUUCUGGCAUGGGAUUGGGAAUGGCCCUCUCCAACUGUCAGCAUGAUUUCCAGGCUCCAUACCUUCUACAUGGAAAAUAUGUUAAAGAGCAGAAGCAGUGACUCACACCGGAGAACAUCUCAGUGGGAGGAGAAGAAAAAUCAUGUUUAUUCCUCAGGAAUACUGAAGUGCCCUGGAGUAAGCUGACAUUCUUCUGUAACAAUGUUAUCAGCAGCGCUUUAAACUCCAGCACACUGUUUAUGUAUUUGAAACCAAGUCUGUUUCUUGUUUUGUAUUUUCUCUCUGAAAAUUGCAAGGAGGUGGUCUUAAAAGAAAUAAAUUAAACAAAAAUAGGCA